AGCCUUGGAAUCGUCAUUUCAGUCCCCGGAACAUUAUCUUAGUUAGCGCAAUUGGCUAGAGGACAACGGAGAGUGGAGUCAGCAUCAAGGACAGAAAUCUUCUCAACACUGACACCAGGACAGGAGUCACAGUCUUCGGGACGAUCGAGAUUAACAGAAACCAGCGUCGAUUUCGGGCUACUCACGAUGGCUGUCCUGCAUCCCAUCAUCCCCGCCACAAUUCUCCUGGGUGUUAUGUCCACCAUUGUCAUGGCUGGCCCCAGUGACCCCAGUGGGCCGAACACGUGUAAUUACACUGCUACAGGUGUCGAGAAUCGGGUUAAAAAGCACUACCGGUCAUGUGGCUGGUGGGGUCGCAGUAGAUGCGUUCGGCACAAUACCAACUACAAAGUGUACUCCGUUGUCCAUAGGAAACGUUGCUGUACUGGUGCUCGGCAGAGUGGCAACCAAUGUGUUUUGGACUGUCUAGUCACAAAGUGGGGUAGCUGGUCAAGCUGCUCUGAUAGCUGCAAUCCUGGAACGCGCCGCCGCUACCGCUGUGUGACCCGGCCAGCAGAUCGUGGUACAGCAUGUCCACCAGAGCACGAGACCAAGCCAUGCAAUGCUGGUAGAAAACACUGCAACAUUGAGACAAAGUGCUGGGCGGAUGGAUACGUCAAUGCGUCUCUGUGCGGAUACUGCGAUGCUGGUAUUGCCACGCGCAACGCAUGGCAGGAUCAGUCUGGAGCUAAAUGCGAUGACAAAAACCGCUGCACAAAGGAUGACACCUGCAGGAGAGGUGUGUGCAAGGGCAAGCCGCUCUCGUGUUUGUCUUGUGAAUCCUGCAAAGACACCCGCUGCGUGGUAACCAAGGGCUUCUGUCAGAUUCAUGGCCACUGCUACCAACACGGGGAUCCGAAUCCAACCAAUUCACGAUGCCAGUACUGUCACAAUCCCAAGCGACCACACACGGUUAAGGGCAUUGUUCGACAUAGACCCAACGUCUGGACCAACCGUCGCGUGGGGACAAAGUGCUCCAGGAACGGUCAUGUGUGUCUUGCGAACGGUAGAUGUGGCCGCCCCGCUGGCAAAUAACAAUUUUAUUAACUGAAUAUUUCAAGAUGUUCAAGAGCCUGAAGUGUCUCCUUCUUAUACGUAUGCAUUGGAGAUAUGGACACUUUGCUUUCUUUGGCUGUGUGCUGUGCCUUGUUUCCGUGACACUGUAUUUAAAUUUCACAUCCGAGGACUGCUCAUGCAGCCUUAUCGUGGAAAGUUCACAACAGUACACCCCCCCCCCCCCCCUCCAUACACAUACGACCUGAUCACAUAAUAAUACUAUUAUCUAUUCCCCGCACCUACAGCAACUUAAUUGGUUUGUUUCGAACUCCCCCACAAGUAGUAAAGUCCGUCUCCUCCGAGCUACCACAUCUCUGUUUGUAUCGUCCCCCUUUUUCACUGCUCUUAUACUAAAUGGCUGGCGUUGCCCGUUCAUGUCCGUCAGGCAAAGGCGCUUGAAUAGUCAAUAUACCUGUUUAGUCUCGGUCGUCUCACGUCGGCUGUACUGCUCCCUUUCCUCAGUUAUUUACCAUGGUAUUGGUGCACCACCACACUUCUGAUUUUUUCUUUCUACGCCAUGGCUGGCAAACGCCCCCUCCUCACCUAUAUUGGCACUGAUUCAUCUUUAGCCACUGGAAGGUGUAAUAAUAAUAUGUACUCAAGCUUAGCAUGAAUCUUGCUAGAUUCAACUUCAUCCUGCAGCGCCAAUCUCCAUUCUAUUCAGUCCCCUCCAUUGAGUACUUGGGCUUGCUCAAACAAGUACUGGUCCGCUAGUAUUUGUAGUACUCCAGCGAUGCACUUGUGACUUCUCACAAUAUACCAUGCCGGAUUGUCAUUGGCAUUGAAAAUCAAUCAUUUCUGUUGUGGACCAAUAGAUAUUUUUAACGUA